AUAUAUGCGUCGAUUAUUUGCUGUAGUUCUAUGGGUUUUUCGAAAUCUCCGGUAGCGAACGCGUUAAAACACCGAUUAUAAAAUAUGAAAUUCGAUCUGCAUAAUCAAACCAUAUCUAUUGGAUUUUUAAAUUCAUUGCCUUAUACAUGGAUUCGUUGGGAUGAAUCAAUAAAAUCAUUCAAAUUGAUCGGCGGUAUGGAUCCACAAAUGUUUCAUUUAUUAAGUGAACAUUAUAAUUUUACCAUACAAUGGGUAACACCAGGUUAUUCACUUAGUUCAGAUAUUCGUAGACCAUUAGGUACACGUGCCGAUUUAAUCGAUAUGGUUUAUAAAAAAGAAAUUGAUCUUGCUGUUGGUGGAUUUAUGCAAACUGUACAACGAAAACAAUUUGUUGAUUUUCUUUAUCCAUAUACUAUUGAUCAGAUAAUGUUUGCUUAUCCACCAUUCGUUCAAGAUCGUGGCCGUAUUGAUCUUCUAUGGAAACCAUUUCAAUCAACCAUUUGGUUUAUAUUAUUAUUCAUGUUCAUUGGAUUAUGGUUAUUUUUAAAAAUGCCAUCAUUUUUUUCAACGAUUAGAACAAUGUUUUAUUGUCAUCAUCAACAUCGAAUACAAAAAAUUUCACAAACAAAAACCGAUCAUAAUCUUUUAUGGAUUUGUUUCUCUUUGCUUAUUCGUCAGCAAUAUUAUCAAUUAAAUUCAUCACAAAAAUCUAUUAAAGUUUUAGCUAUUUUCUGGACUUUUUGUUCGGUUAUAUUAACAUCUAGUUAUAUGGGUUCAUUUUCAUCAAUGUUAGCAUUACCAUCUGAAAUACCUAUCGAUACUAUUGAUGAAUUGACUAAAGCUAUUUUGGCUGGUAAAAUAACACCAAUGGGCAUUCGUAAUAGCAGUAUAGUUGAUGUUUUUUCUGAUUCUCCUUUGGAAACAUUUAAAGUAGUAUGGAAUCAUAUGACAUGGAUGCCAAAUCGAGCUUCAGCUUUGGAUUUGCUGAAAUCACAAAAUUUUCUACCAAAAUCCGAACGAAAACUUUAUGCAUUCAUAUUACCAAGAAAACAGUUACGAUUUUUUCAAUUAAGUUUAGGUCAGGAUUUUCUUUACAUUCCACCGGAAAAUGAGGAUUCUACAUUCUAUACAACAUUGGUAUCAACACCAACAUAUAAAUAUUUUAAAUAUUUUAAACCAUUUGAAAAAUUGUAA